GGAAGACACCGCGCGGCCCCGGAAGUGACGCCCCGGCGUGCUGACGCGCGGGCUCGAGCCAAGGCCGAUUCCGCGCCCGCCAUGGCCGACAAAAUGGACAUGUCUCUGGACGACAUCAUUAAGCUGAACCGGAGCCAGCGAGGCGGCCGCGGCGGAGGCCGGGGCCGCGGCAGGGCCGGCUCCCAGGGCGGCCGCGGCGGCGGGGCGCAGGCCGCCGCGCGAGUGAACCGAGGCGGCGGGCCCAUCCGGGGGCGCGGGCGCCGACCGGGCGGGGAGGCCGCGCGCCGGCCGGGCCCGGGAGGCGGAGACCCUCCCGGCCUUUGUCUCGGCCGGGCGCCGGGCCUCGUGGCGGCGGGGCCGAGGGGGCGUUGGGCGCGGCCGCGCCGGCGGCGGGAACCCAAACAACUUCCUGACAAGUGGCAACACGACCUUUUCGACAGCGGUUUCGGGGGCGGCGCAGGCGUCGAGACGGGCGGGAAACUGCUGGUGUCAAAUCUGGAUUUUGGAGUAUCGGACGCUGAUAUUCAGGAGCUCUUCGCUGAGUUCGGAACUCUGAAGAAGGCGGCCGUACACUACGAUCGCUCAGGGCGCAGUUUAGGAACAGCUGAUGUGCACUUUGAACGGAAGGCAGACGCCCUGAAGGCGAUGAAGCAGUACAACGGCGUCCCCCUGGAUGGACGCCCCAUGAACAUUCAGCUCGUCACGUCGCAGAUUGACACACAGCGGAGACCCGCACAGAGCGUAAACAGAGGCGGGAUGACCAGAAACCGCGGUUCCGGAGGCUUCGGGGGCGGUGGCGGCACCCGGAGAGGCGCUCGCGGAGGCAGCCGGGGCAGGGGCAGAGGCACCGGCAGGAGUUCGAAGCAGCAGCUCUCCGCCGAGGAGUUGGACGCCCAGCUGGACGCUUAUAACGCCAGAAUGGACACCAGUUAAACAGACCGGCAGAUCCUCGAGCGGAGCAGGACCCGGACGUCCCCUCGGUGCUCCCUGGUGGGAGGGGGGUGGAGGACCGGGGCUGUGCAGCCAAUGACGGAUUUGUUUCUUUUAUGUUUUAAAAUAGGAUUUAAAAACUCAUGUAAAGUUUUUUUUGUUCUUUUUUCUUUUUUUUCUUCUUUUUUUUUCUUUUUUUUUUUUUUUUUAAAUUCUGAAACAGACCUGUUUUGUACCGAGUUAUUUUUGGGAUAAAUUUUACCGGUUGCUGUUGUGGAGAAGGUGGCGUUUUCACCUUUGCCAUAAUAAAAUAGAAACGUGUGUAGAACUGGAA